AUGGCCGAUAUCAGCAGCAUGGAAGACCCUGAAUUUUCAGCUGUGAUGAAGUCAUUCGGUCCUAGGAGAGCAUCGCCAAAGAUUGCAACAGCUUUAGAGUACCGUGCCACAGCAGAUGCCUUCAUUGGCUCUCUGCUCAGCACACACCCAGUCCCAGACAAUGUGGUCGAAACAAAAUAUACUAUAACUUCGUAUGACGGAGCCGAAGUCGAUAUCUACCACUUCAUCAGAGAUGACGGAAUUGCCAAAAAGGAAGGGCCUCAACCAGCAUUGCUGUACGCGCAUGGAGGAGGGAUCGUUGCAUGUCCUGUUGAUACCAUUUCUCGUACCCUUGCAACCCAGCAGGCUUCUGAAUUUGGUGUCCAAUGCUUUGCGGUUGAUUACCGAAUGGCUCCCGAGUUCCCAUUUCCCACACCAUUGGAAGAUUGCUACGCUGCACUAAAGUGGCUGGUGGAGCAGUCGCAAAGCCUUAAUGUGGAUCCAAAGCGUAUCGUGCUCAUCGGAGAUAGCGGAGGUGGCACUCUGGUUGCCGGCCUCUCUCUCUUAGCUAGAGAUCGAGGUGUCUCGCCCCCUCCGGCGAAACAGAUCCUAUUAUAUCCAAUGCUGGACGACCGAUCAGCUGAUAUUGCAGAGUCACGGCCCGAUGACGCCCGAAGCCAGUAUUUCUCGAGCUAUAUCAACAUGAUAAAGAUCUGCUGGGAUGCAUACCUAGGAACCUCCACGGGGGCAUCAUUGAAUCCCGAUGUUCAGCCGUAUGCGUGUCCUGCAAGAGCCGAUGUUCUUGCUGGUUUACCACCUACCUACAUUGAUGUCGGCUCUCUGGAUCUAUUCCGGGACGAAAGUCUUGCUUUUGCAAGUAAACUUGUUGCUGCAAACGUGGAUGUCGAAUUCCAUAUGUACGAGGGUGUGCCCCAUUGUUUUGAUCUUAUUGCUCGUGACAUCCAAAUCACACGCAAUGCGAUAGAGAACAGAAAGAGGGCUAUUGGCUCCAUCUGA